AUGGAAGGAUCCUUACUUGUGAGAAAAGGAGCAUGGGGUAAAGUGGAAGAUGACCUUCUUAGGGCAUGUGUGCAACAAUACGGGGAAGGAAAAUGGCACCUAGUUCCUGCAAGAGCAGGCUUGAACAGAUGCCGCAAAAGCUGCAGAUUGCGGUGGUUGAAUUAUCUAAAACCAAAUAUCAAGCGAGGAGGGUUCACUGAGGACGAAAUUGAUAUGAUGACAAGAUUGCACAGACUUUUGGGAAACAGAUGGUCCCUGAUUGCUGGAAGGCUUCCUGGAAGAACUCCUAACGAUGUGAAAAACUACUGGAAUACCUAUAUUCGAAGGAGGGUAUCCUCUCAUAAGGAAGAUAUCAAUGCAAAGCCUAAGGAAAUAGUGAAACCUCAUCUUGUGAUAAAGCCUCAACCUCUAACUUUCUCUAGAACUUCGCCCUGGUUGACAAAGAGAUUCAUUAGCGAAGAUCAAAGCAAGGCCAAAGAGUGCAGUAUCCAAGCACAUGGACAAAACGACAAGGGAGACAAUACCGACAACAAAUGCAAUAAUUGUCGGGAUCAUUGGUGGGAAACAGUGAUGGACGACAAGGGAGGCAAUGCAGAGAACGACAAAUGCUGCUUGGGUGACAAAGAUGGGAAGCUCAUGAAAGACCCUAAUUGGAAUGAGGAGCUUUCUUCAUUGACCAUAGAUGCUGGGGACUUUCUUAUAGAAGAUCAAUGUUGGAGUGAUUUUCUUCUUGAUGUCAAUUUGUGGGAUUCAUGA